UAAGCGUGCAAAUUUGGCCCCUUGUGGUCAUCUUUUAUUAGAAAAGAGUGAAGAAAGGGGAAUUUGUGCAAAAAUCGCCCGUUAUACUCUGGAGGGCGUUCUGGUGGCUUUCAGAGGGUUUUCGUGGCGUGGUUGACGGGUUUUGGCCCCCUGGAGCUCUCCUUCGAUGGUGGUCUGAAAAUGGCGAAAGUGUCUCAAUGCGGAUUUUGCUUUGAAAUGCUCGUGGAACGAAAGUGUGGGGUUCGACUUGUCGUGGCGACAAAGGGCCCGCGUCGAUUUUCCGCCGUUGGCCCUUUUCCCAGCGGCCGAUUGAGGUCGCGUUCGAACUUCCCGCGCUCAGAUGUCGCCCGCUUCGUGCGCGUCCGCCUUCGCUCGGUCCGCGCCAAAAGCUGUCUUCCAGGCUCGCCGUCGAAUUUAAUUCGCGUCCCCGAAGGUGCGAACGUGUCGGAAAAAUCGUUGGCGGUUUUUGGGAGGCCGCUGCGAGCACGGGGAGCGGCGUCGCCGGGUUAUGUAACGUGUCCGAGUGCGUGUUUUGACUCUGUUUUGACUCCGGCGGUGUGCAGGCCUUGACUGAAAUCUCGCGUUUGCUCUGUGAUCGGAGUCGCCGUUGGUUGUUGUGAGGGCAAGCGAAUAGAGUGCGUUGUUUGGUGUAAAGUGAAGUCGCCAUUGUUGUUCAAUAAAAUAGUGCGGAGUUCUCGUGCGUGGAAGUCGUCCGUGGGGAUGGCGUCCUGGUGAGAGCGUCGCCGGAAGCGGUCCUUUGUGCUGGGUGCUCGCGUAGACGUUGGCGUUUCGCAGUGCCGUCACGUGGGAGUGCUGUGGUGAUUCGGUCGAAAAUCGGAAGCGGAAGCAUGGAGCCGGCGGGCGACUAGGAGGGCGGCCCUGGGGCGGAGCGCCGGAUGAAUGGGACUGCGUACGGCCUCGGUGCGGCGGCCCUAUGCGGAGGCUAUGGCCCCGGCCCUGACGGACCCUGCCCAGAAGCAGAGCUUCACGCUGCCCCCCAAGCCCAGGUACCAUGAGCGUAGUGACCCGGACCCAGCGGAUUGCGACGCUAUAAUGAGCGGAAGCCCCACGCUGAGCGAGAUGGGCCUCCACAAAGCCGACACCGUCUCCAGGCUGCACAAGGGCGACGCGGAGCAGGCCCUUGACCUCGCCUCGGGCUCGCCCGACGCCGACCUGCCGCAGAACGUCGACGAGAUCAUGCAGGCCAUCAAGGCCAUCCCCGACGAGGACAUCGUUGAGAAGUUCCUCACCGACGUCGACAUGAUGAACAUGUCGAUGGAGGAGCAGCCCGACCUGCGGGAGAGCCAGGCGAGGGAGAGCCUCGCCGAGCUGCGCGCCGUCCAGGGCCGGAUCGAGCGCCGGCUCGACUUCCUCCGGCGCAAGGUGCGCAAGCUGCAGGCGCGCGCGAUGGGCCAGCACGUCGGCGGCGAGGUGGCCGGCGUCUACGAGUACGUCCACCGCUCGCUGAAGCGCCUCAAGGACGGCUCGCUGGAGGAGGAGCGGCCGGUCGCGCGCCCGCUCUCCUACGGCUCGACGAAGGCGAUGCUGAAGAAGCUCGAGAUGGCGGCGACGCUCCAGGCGAACUCCGUCGCCAGGCAGAAACAUUUGCCGAAGUACUUCGGCUCGGGAUCGAGUGAACCGGGAAAUCACAGGAUUAGUGUGCCGGGUAUCGUGAACGUGCCGCCGUGGCCGAUCGAACACAAACAGGAGUUGCAGAAGGUCGCGGGACUGCUGCACACGGAACUGUGUUUGGUGCAGCACGACGUCGACUCGGAAGCGACGGAGAGUAGUUCGGGGGGUGAAAGCUGUGAUGAAAUGCAAAGUUAUAAUAAUCCCCAUCAGCAGUACCUUAGUAUACAGAAGCGCUCGUUAUGGAAAUACGCCACGCAGCGCGCCGCCAUCGCCAGCCGGUGGACGUGGCUGCAGGCCCAGAUCUCCGACCUGGAGUACCGGAUACGUCAGCACAGCGAGAUCCAGCGCCAGAUCCGCGCGUCGAAGGGCGAGAUCCAGCUGGGGGGAGCGAGUCCGCCGCCCCCGCCGUCCGCCGUCAACAACAACAACAACAGCACGACGGCGUCGUCGACGUCGCCGACGGCCGUCAACGGGUACCGCGGCCAGCUACCGGGCAGCUCGCCGAUCUCGUCGAAGGCGUGCGACGGAGGCGGCGGCACGUCGACGACGGCGAACGGCGCCUAUCCGGACUACCAGUGCGCCAGGACGCGGCCGCUCGUCAACCUGAAGAAGCGGAAGCUGCUGCAGCUGAACGGGCUCCACGUGAUCUCGAAGAAGGCGGCGAGGCCGAGCUCGGUGCGGUGCGGGUGCCAGAGGACGUCGGCGCCGUGCGCGGUGUGCACGGGACGGACGGACCCGACGCACCCGAGGGACCCGACGGACGCGCUCAGCAAGGCGGAGAGGAUAGCGUUGGUGGAUCCGGCGUUCCAUCCGGUGUUCUCGAUGCCAGAAGAUGUGUCCUACGCCAUCCACUGCGAAGCCAUCAUGAAAAACCCGGAAUGGCAACAACGAAGCACGCGAAUGAAAUCUCUGAAAGUGAUGAAAAGCGAUAGAUCUGAUAAAACUGCACUGGAACAUAGAUCAAAGAAAAUUGACCACCGGAAGAAGUAUAACCGUUUGUUGAAACCGAGCACGAUGUCGGCGCUUUCGGCGAAGAUCAGAAACAAAAUUCGAGGAAGAAAAACGGGCCGACAUUCGACUUCGUCGUCGUCGUUAUCGUUCAAGAGGAAACCAAAAAUGGCCAUGACGCAAUUACAGUCGGCGGUGGGCGACACCGCCGACGAGGAAGUAGAAUCCAUAGGGAACAACAGCAACGCGGCGGCGUCCAAUUCGGCGGCGGCGUCGCCGAGUUCGUCGCCGCUGCUCCACAUGCAGGCGAUUUCGGGCUACAACAGGAGGAACAGGGCGAAUUCGUACGAUAUCGACAAUAUCGUGAUACCGUACAGCGUCGCAGCCGCCACCAGGGUAGAGAAGUUGCAGUACAAAGAAAUACUAACACCAAAAUGGCGAAUAGCGGAAGUCGAUGUUAAAUGUGAUAAAAACAACGGAGCUGUUAGGAAUCCUAGUCAAGAUAGCGAUGCGGAAGAUCUCUCUGAAGAAGCCGUGAUAACCCGUCACGAGAAGUGCGAGUACGAAGAAAAGAAGAAAUUCCUGAGUUACCUGAAACUACCGAGCGGCCACGGCCGCUCCCGAUCACACAAACGAACCGACAGCUUGGCGGAGUCGAGCGGCGCGAACACGCCCGAUCCGCUGUCGCCCCACCCCGCCGACCACGCCGACAACACCACCAACUCGCCGCUGACGUCGCCGCCGGCGACGCCGCUCCCGGCCAACCCCGACGACCUGCCGUCGAUCAGCGCGAUGCGGCGGCGGACGAUCUCGCAGUCGCGCUUCGCCAGGGAGAGCAGGGAGGUGGGGCGCGAGGAGAACAGCACGCCCGAGAACGUGGAAGUGGCGCCGUUCGACACGCGGACGUUCCCGUUGGACGACGAGACGUUCGAGAAGAUGCUGAAGAACAUGCCGGAGGACCACCAGUUCCAGACGAACUACCGGGCGCAGGACUCGGGCGAGUUCGGCUACCUGGACGACAAGGCGGACUCGCCGGGGAGCGAGUCGACGGAGUCGGCCGUGGGGGACGAGGACCCGAACGACCCCGAGUGGGUCGACAUGGAGCGGUCGAGGGACAGGCACAAAAGAUAGACGUGCGAGUGACAGUUGAUUAGUUGGUUUUAAUUUGCCGGGCAACCGAGCAGUAGUUUUGAUUGUUUCAAGCUUCGGAUUUUGUAUUAUAAGGUCUGUGAUUGUCAUUACACUACUUGUAAAGAUACGUCAAUACUGUUGUUGCUCUUUAGUAUUGUAAUGUAUAUUAAUCUUGUUAAAGCGAAAUACAGAAUUCAAAGCUUAGUAGUUAUUCAGUUCACUUGUAAUAUUUUCUCAUUUUGUAAUAUAAUCAUAAUUUAGGAUAUUUCAUUUUGUACUGUUGCAAGUUAAUAAAGUUCUAGUUCACUUGAUUCACGUGACUGGUUAGUCGGUUAAUGCUAAUUUUAACAUUGUCAUUUUUGUUACGAGUUCGAUUUUCGUUCUAGUUACUGUUAAUUUUCUUUUUUAAAUGUCAAGUACAACCCAGUGACUUGUUACGAAUGUAUUAUUGUAAAUAAGACAGUGCAAAUGUUUGUUACAAAUAUAUUUUCGAAAUUAUUUGCAGGCGACUGCAGUUUUGUUUAGCGAAAAUCCAAAUUGUACAUACUCUUCAUAAGAGGCAAUUAUGUAUUACUAUUACCAUUAUUAAAAUGUUUACACAGGAAGUCUCGGUUUAUGUUACGGUGCAAGAUUGUUUCUAUUUUUGCCACACAGAGAAGAUUUGCAUCAGUACAUCACCCAUCUUAAUAACUACCUGUAGUGGUAUUGUACGUUUUUAUAUGCAGAUAUCUACAUGUAUAUCAAUAAAAUAAAAAUCGAUCUGCUUGUUCGACAGCCAGA